UUCACUGAUAACUUAUACACAGAAUAAAUUGGUCACUUGCCGCUAAAGAAUAAACAUGCAUAAAACUCACUUAGCUGAUAAAAUGUUCAGUAGUUUUUCUCAAAUCAUACAAAUGAAAACACUCGCCAUGACCAGAGAAAGUUUAGGCGUGUUAAGUAUUCUCUUAACAAUAUGCUUAACAUGGCAAGGAUCACAAGUAAAUGGAGCCAACAUUUUGGGUAUCUUCACCAGCCACAGUACCUCACAUUUGAUUGUACACAUGUCGGUGGCAAAAGUUCUGGCAGAAAGAGGACACAAUGUAACCAUAGUUGCGUCGCAAGAACCCAAAGUUAAGCAUGAUAAAAUAAACAUGAUCAUCAUACCACCCAGCGCAGAAGUGGAGGAGAAGAUUGGUAAAGUCAUGAAAGAAAAGGUUACACAAAAAACAUCCUUUUUUACUUAUGUAGUAAAUUUCUUUGAUUCCGUAAAACCCAUGAUCGAUAUGCAGGCUGAUAUGCUAAAAGAUCCUCGCUUUACAGUGCUCUACGAAAAUCCUGAUACGAAAUUUGAUUUAGUUAUAAUGGGUUAUUUCAUGAACUCUUUUGUUUUUGGUAUGGGUGCCAGAUUUAAAGCGCCACUUGCCAUUAGUUGGAUGGGACCACCAAUGUUAAUAAGUGAUAUUUUUGUGGGUAAUCCGAGUGAAGUGUCAUAUGUACCUGAUAUGAAUAUGUCUAUUAAAGUUAAUAAAAAAAUGACAUUCUUACAACGUCUUCAGAAUUUAUUUAUGAAUAUGUUUUUCAGAUUGAUUAAACAAAUGUUGGAUGUUCGUAUGCGUCAUUUGUACAGUGAACUGUACCCUACUGACGGUUCUUUUCCCACUUUGAGUGAUAUGGAAAAGAAUGUUUCUUUGGUAUUCUGCAACAGUCAUUUUACUGAAGGUUCUGUUAGACCCAAUGUUCCAGCCGUUGUUGAAAUUGGUGGUAUUCAGGUUAAGAAUAAACCUGAACCCUUGCCACAGGACAUCGCUAAAUUCCUUGAUUCUGCCAAUGAAACCGGAGCCAUACUCUUUAGUUUGGGUUCCAAUCUAAAAGGAUCCAGCAUUAAACCCGAAACUACCACUUAUAUUUUUAAUGUCUUAUCAAAACUGCAGCAGAAAGUUAUUUGGAAAUGGGAAGACUUAAAUAAAACACCUGGAAAAUCGCCCAACAUUCUAUACAAAAAAUGGAUGCCACAAGAUGAUAUUUUGGCACAUCCUAAUAUCAAGUUGUUUAUCACUCAUGCCGGUAAAGGCGGUGUAGCAGAAGCUCAAUAUCAUGGUGUUCCCAUGGUCGCUUUACCCGUAUUUGCCGACCAACAUGUCAAUGCUAAGAAAUUAGUAAAUGCUGGUUAUGGUCAAGAUUUAGAUCUGCUAAAAUUAACUGAAGAAUCAUUUAAUAUCACCAUCGUUGAAGUUCUCAGUAAUCCACAGUACAAAUUAAAUGUACAAACAUUUUCAAAACUUUAUCGUGAUCGUCCCCUAACUGCACGGGAAAGUGUUGCCUUUUGGACAGAAUAUGUGAUACGUCAUCAUGGUGCUGCCCAUAUGCAAAGCCCUUUGGUUCAUAUGACAACCAUAGAAAGUUUAAAUUUAGAUAUUUAUUUAAUAAUAUUAAUAAUAUUCUAUAUCGUUUAUAGAUUAAUGAAACUUGUAGUGUUAUUUGUAGUUUGUAAAGUCUGUAAAAAGUGUUCUAAAACUAGUAUUAGGAAAAGCAAGAAAACCAAAAAGGUUAAAUCACAAUAAAAUUGUAAUUAAGUAGUUUCUUCAUCUUAUUAUUAAAAU